AUCUUAUUUGGAUAAAAUAUUCCCCAUAGACCUCGUGCGAAGCCGGACGGGGUCGCUAGUUAUUUUGUAUUUUCAUGUUUAAAGACUGUAUUGUGGUUUGUGGUAUGUUCUUCUAUAAUUAUGCCUUGAAUUAUGAGGAGCAAUGGGUUUGCAUCCUUAAGAAGUAUACAUUUUCCAAUAAGUGUCUUUCACGCAAGCGUAAUAUUUUUAUUCGUUAGUAAGAACGUCAAUUAAGUAGUAAAUUAAAACAGUUUUCCUCGAUGAGUAAGAUAGCUUUAAUAAAAAUACUAUCUUUUAGUAUUAUGUCUUCCAUAGAAAAGUAAAAAAAAAACUCUUCUGCAUACGCAAACGAAGUUGCGGGCUCAGCUAGUAAAUAAUAAAAUAAUAAAUGACUUUGCGGGCGAAGCCACAAGCAAAAGUAACUUACCUAUUAAUAAAAAUCUUGAAUAUUUUCAUUUUCACAUAAUUUCGAAACAAUAAAUAUUUUUCUAUUAUUUUACGGUAACCCUAACCUCAUUAUUGGACAAUGAACGUGCGCGGGAAACUCAUAAUUGUGCAAAAAACUUAACAUCCGUCCGUUCCUUAAUGUAGCUCUCAGUUGUGCUAGUAAUUCGUGUGAUUAACGCGUGUUAUAAUCAAUAUUUACUUUUUAUAAUAUUGUACUUAGUUUGUUACAGUUUAUGAUAAAUAAAAUUAAUAAUUAAAAUACUAAUUUAAACAAUUGAACGUUUUGAAAUAAAAUAUGAUGUAUAUAUUUAAAAAAAUGUGCAAAUAAAAUAAAAUAUUUAUAUCGAUAUCAUUUCCGAUUAUCAAAACUAGAGUCUAGCUCGAGCAGAAUGGCUUACGGGAGAAUAGUCAGCCUUGCAAUAUUGACGGUCGCGUGUCAAGUGUCAUCGUGGACCAUAGAUUUGCCGGACGCGCGAAAAUUGUUCUUCACACAGAACAAGGACGAAAACGCAAUACAAUCAGACAAUGGCACAAAAUCGUAUAAUAAUAUUGAACCGAACAGCUUUCACAACGCAGAAGACUAUUAUUACGACAAAUAUGUUACCGACAACCAAAAUAUAGAUUUUGACAGUCGUGGAUAUGCGGAAGGGUUUAAACAUGAAGGCUACAUGGAAAAGAAAGUCCGCGACGUCGUCCGCCGCGGCGGCGUGUACCUGGACGGACUGAAGCGCGCGCUCGAGCGCUACGCGGAAGUCCUGAAGAACUGCAGCCGCAUCAACUUUAACCAGACGAGAAACGCGACCACCUCCAAUCGAAACCGCGACCCCCCGUUCCCCUUUCCGGCGUCCAACUUCACUCAGGCCAGCGACUUUGGGAACACCAACUACUCCAUCGCCGACGUCCCGGCCUUCAACUUCACUUCCACCAACUUCUCAGCGCUGAACCCCGCCUUCUCCAACAGGGAGUCCAUGGCGAUGUGCGCGGAAGCCACCAAGCGGCGGGAACACGUGCGGCGGCUGACAGACUUGGCCAUCUGGACCACCAAAAGGCUGGAAGACAACGCUUAUGACGCUAAAUAUAAUGAGCACCGCGAACAGGAACAGAACGAGUUGCUGCUGAAGCUGUCGUGGUUCCUGGACCGGCUCGCGCACUACACGGGCUUCGAGCCAGACGUCCAGGCCUUCGUCAACGUCACCACCACCGCACGGCCGCCGACGGACCUGUCACCGUCGGUCCGGCUGCCGUUCGCCGACGUGCCGCGCGCGGUCGUGCAGCAGAUGAUGGACUGCCUGCGGCGGCCGGGGCCGGCGCCGGCCACGGAGCGCUGCCGGUACCCGCUGCCGCUGCCCGACGCCGUGCAGCGCGCCUACGAGAGCCGAGAUCCACGUUUCGCCAACACGAGGCCUCAGGACCCAUCACUGAGCGUGAUCUCGACGCCUAACGACGCCGCGCCCGCCGCGUCCGACCUCGAAAUCCUUGUCACAGCUGAUUCGGCCGCCGAUCACUUCUCGCCAAAACGAACGCAGCGCCCGAACGUCAAAUCCAUCCAAAAACGCUCAUUACAAGAAAAUCCUUUGACAAAAUUCAUGAAAUAUUACGGAAAACACAAAAUCUGGGUCAAUUCCAAUCCAAUAGACGGAAAUGUUGGAAACAGUGAUCAUUUCGAUGUUCCGAACCGAUUGCCGGCGAAAACUAUCGAGAAGCGAUCGAUAUUCAAGAAACACAUUCAUCUGAAAAUCCCCGAGCCGUUCCACGCUCUGAGAGACCACAUGAAGAAAGAAGCCGCGGUCCAUUACGUCAAUAACAAAGAACAAGUGAAACUGAUUAAAGGAACUUUAGAAAAAAUCAGGCAUUCCGCGUCGCUGACCAUCAAGCAUAACCUCAAAAAGUUCGAUCACAUUAAAAAAAUACACAAAAGAUCCGUGCAUUACGGUAGGAAAUAUCUGCCGAGGUUGUCGGAGAACCCGUACCAAGAUCUGAGCUAUUAUUCAAAGAACGCGAAAGGAGUGGAGUACAACUACGACCCCGCGCAAGCGGCGUUGGUGCGCCUCGGGCUGGAGCAGGUGUUCCAGACCGGCAACAUCGAGGUCGUGAGGCGAUACGGCGCCAACUUCAACCCGCUGGACCCCAAUCCAUUCUUCUCCGGCCUUCUCAGAGCUAGUAUUGAUGUCUGAGCUGUGUUUUUAACCAGAACUCGAAACCGUUAUCUUUUUCUGAUUUAAAAACGGUUUUAGUUCAAGUUUUUUAUAAUUGCUCGCGCGAACAGUUGCGAGCAUUAUCGCUUCGAUUUAACCUGAUUUUCCAACGCGCACAUGACACGAACAACACUAUGUUUUGCUCUCUUUCUUAUGCUUUUGUAGAUAGGUAAGCGUGGUGGACGGGGAAGACGAGUUGGAUCACAGAGUUUAGCUGAUAAUUCUAACAGAAUCCAAAUUAAAAUUAUCUUCGAUCAGUAGGUAGGUAGUCGAAAAACAUACGUGUUAGUAAAACAUAAGUGUUCACGCGCGGUUGCACAUUGAUUUGGGAGUCUGAAAUCGGCCUUCAUACAAAUAAUUGCUUCUAUGUUUCAAUCAAGUGGGUGCUAGCCAUCGAGAUAUAAUGUCGAAUUUAGAAUUUAUUUCGACGGUGCUAAGGUUUAGGUAACUUUACUGUCGAGUUGAUAUUCAAUUUAUAUUGAGUACACUUGUGUGCAGUUAAACCCAAUGAUACAAACAGAAAAAGCAACCGGACUUGAUUUGAUGCCUCUGUGCACUUCACAAAUAGAAUUAUCUGGAUUUUGGAUUUGGCAAAACGCCCCAUACUAAUUGUACUUCCUUAUGACGUGAUCAGCAAGAAAUCAGCCUGAAAGGCUGAAAAGUAUUGUGUGUCAUUAUACUCAAUUGUCCAAUGACCGCAGAAGGUAUGUCCAUGGAUUUAGUAAGUACUUCGUUCCUACUAAUUCCAUGGGUAUAUCUA